AUGGAUGACUUCGCCCUGAAGAAAGCGUUCAAGAAACGAACAUACAUCACCGAGCAAUGCACUCAGGCUAUUCGUGGCCUUGGGAUUCCACAAUCACUAGGAUCCCCGGCAUCCCGUGCUUGUGUUGCGCGGGGAAUUCGCUAUCAUCCAGGGUUUGCACUUGAACUCCAAUGCGAAUAUGAUCGUGAUCGAUUCUUUACCCGGGCUAUAAAUGCGCGACGCAUCAUGAGCAAUGAGAUUCCUGAUUUUCAGAACGCUCGCGAGAUUCCCUAUUGUAUGUGGUAUCCAGAAACUGCCAGUGAAGCCACAUAUCGAGCCCUGGUCCUUCAAUACCCCUCCCUCAAAUACCAUGUUGGUAGAGCAUGUGCUGUAGCUGGUUAUACCGAUUUAUAUCGGGAGCUAGAUCUGCUGCCCGAAGCGCAUAUUGCUGAGGAGGCUCGUGAUAAUGGCAGUAAUGCUAUAUUCGAGAUGAUUAUGGCGAGUCCCGUCAGGUAUCGAGUGAUGAACGACUAUACUCGCAUGGUCAAUUUGAAGAACCCUCCUAUUGGUGGCAUGAAUGGAGAUACAGCUGUCCGGUCCUUCCUAGAGAGAAAGCAGAAACAUAGUGGCCUGGCCAACCGUCCAGGAUUGAAGGAUUUAUUAUGGAACAUCACCGAAGAUAUGAAUGCGGAUGAGUUUGACUCAGAGCAACCACCUACACAGGAUGUGUCAGAAUUUCUUUAUACACCACUACCAUUCGAUUUGCCAAAUAUUGAUAAAGAUCUUCUUAUUCUAAUGGCUGCUUGGAAUGGCAAUGUGGAUCGAUAUAGCCGUUUACGCCGUCAUGUCAUGAUUGAAAAAGAGUUCGCAUGUGUGAUCCGCGGAAUCUGCCACGACACAUUCUUCGCUAAGUGGUGGUCAAGACAACUCCCAUUAGAAGACGAGCGGAAAGAUAAGCGUUUACAACGCGCGAUUACUGCACGCUUCAUCAUGAGCAACGACUUAUCGCGUAUUCCUUUAAGGCCUGCCUCUGAGAUUCCUGCUCCCCCUCAACCUCACCGAGGGCCUCGCGACAAUGCGUCCUCUCAGGAAUUUCCAUCCUGUAUUUGGUACCCCAACCUUGCCGAACCAGAGACCUAUCGUGAACUCGCCUAUCGGGAGCCCCGUAUGGCAUUAACGGUCGCACGCGCCUGCAUUAUUGCGAAUUACCAGGCUGUCUACCAAAGCCUCGACUUCUUCCCGACACGUGCUCUCUUCUGCGAAGCCGAGCAACAGCCUAGUACCUUUUAUACCGAGGAUCUCAAGCGCCGGGCGGCGCUAUAUGGAAUUAUCGAAUCCGACGAGAACGAAACUUGGGAAGAGUACCCAAUGGUCGGAAAUAUGAGACUCUUCAAUACAAGGUUGAGCGAGGUGACCACGGCCGAUGACAUACACAUGUCCUCCAAAGGAAUUUUCAAUGGAGAAGAGGCACCUAAUGUAGGCACUAUCCUACUCAACAUAUGCGCCCCUCAAAGUGUCGUCUCCGAACAUAGAGCCACCCCAUUAAGUGAGGUUUACACAGCAGCGGGGCCGCCACUGGAAAUGCCAUUAGGUAUUGAUGCAGAUUUGUCACAACGUGCAUAUCUUUCGACAGCCCUUUUCUGGAAUAACAGGCCCUGGGUUUCUCACUCCGACUUAGAUACAAUUCACCAGAACUUACAGGCUCCCUGUCCACGGGUAUAG